UGACACAAUUUUAUGUUAAAUAUUGUUUGGUUUCAAUUUUGAAUCAACAUUAUUUCACACUUCUGCACAAACAUUCUCCAUAAUUUGUAUUUGUGUUUUCUCCACCAAAAGCUGUACAUUUUCCCAUGUGAAACCUUAAUGGACCCCACUUCUCAGCUGAGAAGUGGGGUCCACUAAAAAUUUUUCUAUUAAAUUAUGAGGCCCCACAAACUUUAUAGCGAUUCACACAUCCAAGUAUGUUUUAUUGCUGUAUCAAACUCAUAUGGGAUAUGUGGAAUAUGUCUCGUGUCCUGAAUUAUUUUUGAUGAGUGUUACAUCCUGGUCAUUUGGACUGUAAUCUUGCCAGAAUGUUCAUUGUUUAUCAGAUCAAACUUUUCACUCCUAAACCUAGCUAACCACUUACAAAUAGUCCUCUCAGCUAUGGCAUCACUAAGUUCUCUUAACUGGUGUGCCACGCUGGACACUAUUACAGUCACCUGUUGCGGCUUAACACUGUUCUCUGUCAUGUGUAGCAGGAUCACGGUGUUGUGAUCUGUCCAGUCCUUAAUGUUGUCAAACUAGAAAUUUUCUCUGUCUGCCUCUCUUUCACCCUUCCUCAACUGUGCCUAGAAGGAUGGCUUUGGACAGAAAGUUGUGACAGGAUAUAUGACCAUACCUGCACCAUGAGUGGUUCCUGUCUGCCGACAUAUUUGUUAAUUUGCUGUCUGACAAAGCACUAACUUUAUAAACUGCAUAUAUCUUUUUUUACCUAUGGAGAUAUAAUAGAGUAUCAAAUGACGGAAAUGUAACGCAUUUUCCAUCAUUUUCACUUUUAAUGUAAAAGCAGUAAAAGCAAACUAGCCACAAAUUAAUCGUAAAGAAAGACGUGUUGAAAUGUUGCCUUUAAGAAAAUAUAUGUGAAAUAUGCUUCUGACACGGGAGAAACGAAAUCAUCAAUUGAAAAAAUGUUACGAACAUUUGUCCCAACCCUAUACAUUAUGGAAUAUAGUCUUCCAUUUCGCGCAAGCUUCGUCAAUACAUAUUCUAAAAUUGGAGUGUAGUGUUCUGGUUCAAGACUGAACGGUGUAAUUUGAGGGAAAUCAGUCGUUAUUUCUAGUCCUCUAGUUGUUUAGCCCAGGUAAAGCCAGGAUUGAAGAGAAUAACGAUGUUCUAUUAACAUCUUAGCUAUACUGCAUUUAAGUUUUAUGUAUUUUUUACUUUUUAUCACCUAAAAAUUCUGGUCAAAUCGUACUUUUAUCGGAAUGGCUACGAAACUGUGGUUAGCAAUAAAUUUCUAAGUUUAUCAUUGUUCCAUUUAUAUUUAUUAUAAAAAAAAGUCUUUCUUGGUUUUCCUCUUUUCCUCAAACAAUCCACCGUAACGAUUUCCUCGGAUGAUCUUCUCUGUGUCAACGAUACAGAAAAGACAGGUAGAAGUCCUUGAUGAAAUUGGUAUCAUUAAAUUAUUUUACAUCAGAAGCAUCAUCAAUAUUUAUAAUGUUUUGAAGACAAAGGAUGUUAUACAGAAUAAAUGUAAUAAUAUUUAUAUAGUCAGGAAAAUUAUGGGGAAUUUCUUUGAUUCUAGGCAAGAUUAUUAGGAAAUAUUUGUGUAAGUCACUGUCUGGAAAAAAAAAAACAAGAUAAUUCUGCAUUCUAAAUGGAUAUAUCUAUAAAGGAUUUUUCAACAUCUUCAGAUAUUUGUAAAGGUCAGAGGUGAUGGAAAUAUAUUUUAAAGAAUAUUUGUUACAUAUAAAUUAUAAAAAGAAAAGCAGGUGAAAUAUCCAUAUAUUGUGGAGAAAGAAGGAAAAUGAUGGUGAAAUGAGUUAAAAGAUUGAUUUUGGUUUUCUUUUUGUUCCGAAGAAAUGGCGAAAAACUCAGGAAAUACUUUGUAUCAGUGUGAUAUUUGUGAAAAAUCAUUGACUACAAAAAGUCUUCUGACAACUCAUAGGCGUAUUCAUACGGGAGAGAAACCAUAUCACUGUGAUAUCUGUGGUAGACCCUUCUCUCGAACUGAUGAGCUACUUAUUCAUAAACGUCACCAUACAGGAGAGAAACCAUAUCGAUGUGAAAUCUGUGGUCAAGCUUUCAUUCGUAAAGAUAUUUUUACAGAACACUGGCGUAUUCACACAGGAGAGAAACCAUAUCGGUGUGAUAUGUGUACUAAAUCCUUCUCUAAACGUUCUAACUUAGCUGAUCACAAACGCAUUCAUACUGGAGAAAAACCAUAUCAUUGUGAUUUCUGUGGUAGAUCAUUCAAUCAAAGUAAUCAGCUAACUAAACACAAACGUGUUCAUACGGGAGAAAAGCCCUAUCACUGUAAUAUCUGUGAUAAAACAUUCCCACGAAAUGAUCAGUUAACUGCUCACAAGCAUGUUCAUUCAGGAGAGAAACCAUAUUGGUGUGAUUUCUGUGGUAAAUCAUUCCCUCGGAAUAGUGACUUGACUGCUCACAAACGCAUUCAUACUGGAGAAAAAACAUAUCAGUGUGAUUUCUGUGGUAGAUCAUUCAAUCUAAAUUAUCAAUUAACUAGACACAAACGUAUUCAUACUGGGGAAACGCCCUAUUGCUGUGAUGUCUGUGACAAAUCAUUCUCUCGAAAUGAUGAGUUAACUAUUCACAAACAUGUUCAUACAGGAGAGAAACCAUAUAGAUGUGAUAUCUGUGGUAAAUCAUUCCCACGAAAUAGUGGCUUGACUGCUCAUAAACGCAUUCAUACUGGAGAAAAACGAUUUCAUUGUGAUAUCUGUGGUAAAGCAUUUUAUCGAAAUCCUGAGUUACAGAGACACAAGCGUAUUCAUACUGGAGAAAAACCAUAUCAGUGUGAUAUCUGUGGUAAAUCCUUCUCCCAAAGUACUGCUUUAACUGUCCAUAAACGUAUUCAUACUGGGGAUAAACCAUAUCAUUGUGACAGCUGUGGUAUCUCCUUCUCCCACAGUAACCGUUUAAUUAAGCACAAAUGUAUUUGUACAGUAUAGAAACUAUGUCAUUCUCUCAACCUUUUGAUUGUAGUAAUCAAAUAUAUAUUCUUAAAUGCAACAAAAAAAAACCCACAUCACUGAUAUUUGUAGUAAUCGUGCUCACUAAAAAGUUUUCUAUAUGUUUGUAUUCAUAUCAGUGUGUGAUGCUAAAUAUAUACAAACCAUAAACUAGAGUAUUUCACCUCACUUUAAGGAGAUAAAUGGUAUUUUGGCAUGUAUAGUGUAUACAUUCAGAUGUUUUGUUUUAUAUUUAUUAUAUUUAUUCUAUCAAGAGACUAAUUCUAUUAUUAAUAUC